AGUAGCCGGGUCAGGGGUCACCAGUGGAGCAUCUUCUCUGGCCCGGGCCGGCGCGGCAGGGCUGUGUGAUGGCUUCGGAGCGCCCGGAGCCGGAGGUAGAAGAAGCUGCGCAGGUGUUCCUGUUGAUGAAAAAGGAUUAUCGAAUCUCCCGAAAUGUCCGCCUGGCUUGGUUCCUCAAUCACCUGCAUCAGACAGUGCAGGCCACACCCCAGGAGAUGCUGCUCCAGUCUGAGCAGGAGUUGGAAGUCCUCAGUGUCCUGCCCCCUGGGUGGCAGCCAGAUGAACCAGUGGUUCCAAGGCCAUUCCUCCUUGUACCUUCCACCCGGGUCACCUUCCUCGCUUGGCAAUAUCGAUUUGUCAUUGAGCUCGACCUUAGCCCAUCUACUGGCAUUGUGGAUGAUUCCACAGGAGAGAUCUUGUUUGAUGAAGUUUUCCAUGCCCUCUCCCGCUGCCUAGGCGGGCUGCUUCGACCCUUCCGCGUACCUGGGUCUUGCAUCGACUUCCAGCCCGAGAUCUAUAUAACCAUCCAGGCCUACUCCUCGAUCAUUGGCCUGCAGGCCCACCAGGUGCUGGUGCAGGGCUGCCUUUUGGACCCUUCCCAGCGGGAGGCGUUCCUGCAGCAGGUGUAUGAGCAGCUCUGUCUCUUUGAGGACAAGGUGGCCACCAUGCUGCAGCUGCAGUAUGACCCCCAGAGUCAGGCAGAGGACCAGUCCCCAGACUCAGGGGAGGCCCCGGGCCGGAAGGUGGGAGUCUCCAUGGUGACAGCUGACCUUGGGCUGGUCAGUAUGAUUCGUCAGGGCAUCUUGGCACUGCAGUUGCUCCCCUCAAACUCUAGUGCAGGUAUCAUCGUGAUCACAGAUGGGGUGACGAGUGUCCCUGAUGUUGCUGUCUGUGAGACAUUGCUGAACCAGCUUCGCAGUGGCACUGUGGCUUGUUCCUUUGUGCAGGUGGGAGGAGUUUACUCUUAUGACUGCAGUUUUGGCCACGUGCCCAACGUGGAACUGAUGAAGUUUAUCGCGAUGGCUACAUUUGGUUCUUACCUGUCCACUUGUCCGGAGCCAGAACCAGGCAGCCCGGGUCUGACUGUCUACCACCGGGCAUUUCUCCUCUACUCCUUCCUGCGCAGUGGGGAAGCCCUGAACCCUGAGUAUUACUGUGGCUCUCAGCACCGCCUGUUUAAUGAGCACCUGGUCUCGGCCAGCAGCAACCCUGCCCUCGCCCUGCGCAGGAAGAAACACACGGAGAAGGAGGUGCCUGCCGAUUUGGUCAGCACGGUGUCUGUACGGCUCCGAGAGGGCUACAGUGUCCGAGAGGUCACGCUGGCCAAAGGAGGGUCUCAGCUGGAGGUGAAACUCGUGCUGUUGUGGAAACACAACAUGCGCAUUGAGUACGUGGCCAUGGCGCCCUGGCCCCUGGAGCCCGAGGGCCCUCGAGGAACGCGGGUGGAAGUGACAAUGGAAGGGGGCUAUGACAUUCUGCAUGAUGUGUCCUGUGCACUAAGGCAACCCAUCCGCUCACUGUAUCGUACCCACGUCAUCCGACGAUUCUGGAACACGCUGCAGAGCAUUAACCAGACGGACCAGAUGCUAGCCCACCUUCAGUCCUUCUCUUCAGUCCCAGAACACUUCACGCUUCCUGACAGCACCAAGAGCGGAGUGCCGCUCUUCUAUAUCCCGCCCGGCUCCACCACCCCGGUGCUCUCACUUCAGCACAGUGGGUCCGACUCCUCCCACGCCCAGUUUGCAGCCUACUGGAAGCCGGUGCUGUCCAUGGAUGCCAACUCCUGGCAGCGCUGGCUGCACAUGCAUCGGCUGGUGCUCAUCCUGGAGCACGACACACCCAUCCCCAAGCACUUGCACACCCCCGGCAGCAAUGGGCGCUACAGCACCGUGCAGUGCAGGAUCUCGCACUCCUCCCUCACUUCCCUGCUUCGGGACUGGAGCAGCUUCGUGCUGGUCGAGGGCUACUCCUACGUGAAGCUGCUCUCCAGUGCCCCUGACCAGCCCCCUUCCUCCUUCUACAUGGUCCGCAUCAUUUCCAAGGCCCCGUGCAUGGUCCUUCGCCUGGGUUUUCCCAUCGGCACACCGGCCCAGGCCCGACACAAGAUUGUGUCGGGUUUGCGGGAAGAGAUCCUGCGGUUGCGUUUCCCCCACCGGGUGCAAAGCAAGGAGCCAACACCCAAGGUCAAACGGAAAGGGCUGGGGGGCAUUGGUGGGGGCAGCUCUCCUUCCAAGUCCCCCCCCAUGCUGGGUCCGCAGCAGGCGCUGUCUGACCGGCCCUGCCUUGUGGUCCUGCAUAAGCCCCUGGACAAGCUACUCAUCAGGUAUGAGAAGCUACCCCUGGACUACCGGGCGCCCUUCUUACUGACACUGGAGCCACCGGGGCCACUGCCGUUGGUGUCGGGCCGCUCAGCCUCUUCUAGCCUAGCGUCGCUGUCUCGCUACCUGUACCAUCAGCGGUGGCUCUGGAGUGUCCCAUCGGGCCUGGCACCUGCACUGCCACUUAGUGCCAUUGCACAGCUCCUGUCCGUCCUCACUGAAGUCCGACUCUCCGAAGGCUUCCACUUCGCUUGCAGUGGGGAAGGAAUCAUCAACAUGGUCCUGGAGCUUCCAAUUCAGAAUGAGCCCCUGGGGCAGGCUGCCGGCGAAGAGAAGCACACCUGUGUCGUCCAGUACAUCCUCUUCCCCCCGCACUCUGCCUCCACCAAAGACAGCUUCUCGACAGAUGAUGACAACGAUGUGGAGGUGGAGGCCCUGGAAGGAGAUUCCGAGCUCAACCUAGUCACCGAGGUGUGGGUGGAGCCUCAGUAUGGGCGGGUGGCACCUGGCCCCGAGAGCUGGAAGCACCUCCGGAACCUGACGUACUCCGAGAUCCCUCGAGCUCUCCACCCUCGGGAUGCUGCCUGCAUAGGCUCCAUGCUGAGCUUUGAAUACCUGAUACAGCUGUGCCAGAGCAAGGAGUGGAGUCCCCUGCCCCCAGAGCCGAGGGUCUCUGCUGCAUUGGACCAGGGAGGAGAUACUUGUGUCCAUGAGAUCCCUUUCCAUUUUGACCUAAUGGGGUUGUUGCCCCAGUGUCAGCAGCUACAGAUGUUCUUCCUUCUGCUUUCCAGAGAGCCAGAGGGCGUCCCUCUCGCCGAGGGGCCCUGUCCCGCCAACGACACGGUGCUGUGCCUGCUGCACAGCUGCCUGGGGCAGGAGCUGAGUGACCGGGAGAUCCCGCUUACCGCUGCUGAGCAGGCCACCUUCUUGAGUGAGGUGCUGCGACGGGCCUGCCACAGUCCAGGUCCGGCGGAGCCACUGGCAGGGGGCCACAGGAUCCUAAAGGAUGGAGCAGUCAGCAGCACCCAGGCCACUGGAGACGCAGCUCCUCCUCCCCUGGGUGGAGGUCCUCCUGAGAUGCUCAAGCCUCUCGUCUCUGCUCAGCCCCCUCAGUGGCGCUGCUAUGCAAGGCUUGUGACUCCCCAGCAUGUGUUUCUGACUUUCCUCCCUGCAACCUUCUCAGACGUCCAGCACCUGGCUGCCUACGGCCUGGAGGCCUCUCAAGAGGAGACAAAGCCAAAGUUUGGGGAUUGGAGCGGGGCCGCCAGCCUGAAAGAUCUGGGAGGACCUGGGGCAAGGGGUGCAAAGGCCCAGGUUCCCACACUCAGUGUCACCCCAGCCAGUGACGCUGCCCAGAACCCAGAAGACCUCAGCCCACCGUGCCGUCGGGACUUACAAGCUUAUGCUGGGCGUCAGGCCCCGCAGACAGAGAGCGCAGAUGCUCCCCGGACCCGGUGUCCUGUUUACGUCUAUAGCUGUGCCCUGGAAGCACUGAGGGAGCAGAUGGUUGGCCUACAGCCCCCUCAGGCACCCCGAGACCUCUUCUUCCGGACUCCGUUCCUCGACCAGCCCUCCUCGUCCUCAGCCUGGAUGGAGCCCAGGUUCAAGGAGGCAGCCAACCAUUGUGCCUUGCUGCAGGAGCACGCACAGCGGUGCUACGUCCGUGGGCUGUUCGGGAGUUUGCAGCAAGCACAGAAUGUCUCCUCGCAGGACUUGCUGAUCGCGGUUGAUGCCUGUGAGGAGCUGCUACAGGAAGUAGACAUCACCCCUUUCCUGCUUGCACUGUGCGGCCACACUCGGGGUUUGCCUCAGGCACCCCCAAGCCCCGGGCCUCUCAGCCCUGGGCCCUUCAGCAGCAGCAUCGAGGAGGGCCCGGAGCCGCGGGAACGAGCUGUCCUGGCUUCUGAGUCCAGCAUAGAGACCGAGGACCUCAGCGAGCCUGAGUUUCAGAGCAGCCGUGUCCCUGGCCACCCAGACCCCAGCCUGGAAAUCUCUCUGACAGACGUCUGCCAGCUCAGAGGAGAGGCACAUGACGCCCUUCAUGGCCUCAUCCAGGAGAAGUUCCUGGAGAUCAGCGGUCUCCACUUCCGCACGGUGCCCUCCAAUCCACACUACUUCUUCUACUGCCCUCCGUCCAGCCGGCGAGAGGAUGAGGGCCCUCGGGACACAGUGGACAGAAAAGUCAGUGACCUGGAGUUCUCAGAGGCUGAGCUCAUAGGAGAAGAAGGAGACACGGCAGCCUGCUGUGUGGUCACUGAGAGCGACCCAGAGCUCGAGGUGGAAUACCGUGAGAGCCGUGAGCCAGAACUGGGGCCGGCGGGGCUCGACUCUGCCUCACUGUCUGAUGCCGACACCAUGAACCCUGAUGAAGACUCCUUCAGCAUCCUGGGGGGCGACUCACCGACGGGGCCGGAGAGCCUGGUGCGCGACCUGCCGCCUCUCUUCCUGCAUCUCACGUGCUCAGUACGGCUGCGUGGGCAGCACAGCUCAGUACCCGUGUGCAGCCUGCCCACCUGCCUGGGCCAGGUGCUUUCCAGUCUGGAGGGCCCCCCUGUUGGAGGCCGAGUGCCCCUGAGGGACCUCAGUGUUACUCUGGAUGUCUUUGUGCUGACCUUGCCUCUGGAAGUGGAGCUUCCCCCGACCUCGGACCCUCAGCACCACCGGUCCACGUCUGAAAGCAGUGCUUCAUUCCCACGAUCCCCAGGGCAGCCAUCAUCUUUAAGGUCAGAUGAUGGCCUGGGGCCCCCACUGCCACCCCCAGAAGAAGACAGGCAUCCGGGACUGUCCAAUUUGGCCACACCCCACAGACUGGCUAUUGAGACCACCAUGAGUGAGAUCCACUGGUUGCUGGAGGAUGAGAUGGUGGGAGCCCUACGAAGAGGAGGCAUCCCUCAGAGCCCUGCCCUGCACCGUGCAGCUGCCCACAUCCACAGCUCUCCUGGACGCUCCACCUGCCUUCGCCAAACCCUGCCACUGAGUUUUGUGUUUGGGCCAGAACGUUCCCUCACACAAUUCAAGGAGGAGUUUCGCCGCCUUCACCUCCCUGGCCAUGUUCUUCUUGAGGAUCCUGACAGUGGCUUCUUCUUUGUGGCAGUUGGCCAACAGCCAGGUGGGUCCCAGGGCGAGCCCCCUUCAGCAGCCUGGGCUUGGCACAGCCAUGAGGACAGGGCCGAAGGCAUCGAAGGGGAGGCCCUGACAGCCAGCCCCCAAGCCCCUGGCUCCCCAGAGGGUUCUGAGGGCGCCCCCCUCCUCAGCCUGCCACAGGGAGGGAGCCAGCCUGGGCCCAGCCGGGGGCUGAGCCUUAUGUCCAGUCAGGGCAGUGUGGACUCUGACCACCUGGGUUACGAUGGUGGCAGCAGUGGCUCAGACAGCGAGGGUCCCAAUGAGACCCUGGGGGAGAAGGCUCCCUUCAUGUUGCGGACCCCACCUGGGCCAACACCUCCACAGUCUUCGCUCUCAGGCCUCCCUGGGCCCUGCCUGCCUGACUUCUGGCUCAUCGUUCGGGUGCUACAGGAUCGUGUAGAAGUGUACGCCCACGCACAGAGCCUGAUUCGGGAGGAUGGGGGGCCAGGCAUCGAGUGUCGCCACCUGCAGCAGCUCCUGGUGAGGCGAGUUGGGGAGAUCUGCAGGGAGGUCAACCAGCGGCUGCUUCUGCAGGACCUCCAUGACAGUCACGUGUGUAACUCUCUUCUGGUGGCCGAGAGCGAAGAAGAUCUGUGGCGCAGUGAGACCCCCUUCCACUCCCGUCAGCGGGCACCACUGCCCAGUGAUGAUUAUGCUGCUGAUGAGAGCUGUGCACCCCGAGGGUACCUAGCCGCCACAAUGCAGUUUGUCCCUGGCCAUUUCUCCUGUGACGUUGUGUGGGGAACCGUGAUUCGAGUCCAUUCACGCCUGAAAAUGGGGCCCAGCAUGGGGGUCUCUCGGGCCAUCCAGGCCCUGCGCUCCGUGCUCAAUGCCUUCUCUGUGGUGAACCGGAAGAAUAUGUUUGUCUAUCAGGAACGAGCAACGAAAGCUGUGUACUACCUGCGGCUCCUGGAGACGUCCUGCAGCGACCGGCCAUGGGAAGGCGAUGCGCUGCCCCCCUCCCUAGCUCUGUCCCGAAGCCAGGAGCCCAUCUACUCUGAGGAGGCCUCGGGGCCUCGUUCUCCCCUGGACAUGGCUUCUAGCCGUAGUUCUGAUGCUGCUCGUCCUGUGGGCCAAGUGGACAGGCAUAUCCAACUUCUGGUGCAUGGUGUAGGACAGGCAGGUCCUGAGAUUACCGAUGAGCUAGUACGGGUGCUGCGUCGGCGCCUGGACGAGGCCACGCUGGAUGUCAUCACUGUCAUGCUUGUUCGGAACUGCAAGCUGACACCCGCUGAUGUGGAGUUCAUCCAGCCGCCUGGCAGUCUCCCCUCCGAGGUGCUGCACCUGGCCCUCCCUGCCUCCUGCAGGCCCUGGCUUCCUGCCCUGGCCUGGUACCUGCGGCAGAACCUGCUCAUCUUCCUGCACUCGCCCAAGUACACGGACAGCAACAGCCGCAAUCACUUCCAGCAUCCGCUGCCACCACAGGGCGGCCUCCCGGACUUGGAUAUCUACUUGUAUAACAAGCCUGGCGGACAGGGCACCGGCGGCAAAGGGGUCGCCUGCAUCACUCUAGCCUUCGUGGAUGAAGUGGGAAGCCCCAUCUCACUGGCCUCUUGGCCCCCCUCCUCUCCGGGGCCCCUAGACCCACUGCAAGAGGAGGAAUUUGAGCAACUGACCCAGGUCACUCGCUGCCCGCCUGUGCAGGAUAGUUCUUCAGCUCAGAAUGGGGCCCCACGGCUUCGACUGGACGUGUGGGAGAAGGGGAACAUCAGCAUCGUGCAGCUGGAGGAGAAGCUCCGGGGAGCAGCCCGCCAGGCCCUGGCUGAUGCCGUCAUGGAGUUGCGGCUGCUGCCAGCCUCCCUGUGUGCUGAGGACGCGUCUCCAGGUACGCAGGCUCCAGAGAAUGUGCCAGGCCCAGGCAAGACCGGGUCUCUGCAAGGCGACAUGCCAGCAGAAGGGUCCACACCCAGUUGGUCCCCCAUUUCGAGAAGGAUACUGCCCCAGGAACUCCCGUCACACAAACACGUAGCUCUCAGAUGCGUACGCCACCAUUGCCUGACAGGUGGAAUAAGGGGAAAUCUCCAGAGCGGGUCAUUGGAAACCAAGAGCCCUGCAGGCCGAGCUAGCACGUUUCCCCCUGGCCCUGGCCCUGGCGAGCCCGUCACUCCUCCCAGCAAAGCUGGCCGCCGUAGCUUCUGGGAUAUGCUGAGUAAAACAGAAUGUGGGGACUUGGGUUCCCCCAAAACAACCGAUGACAUCGUCCUGGAUCGGCCAGAAGACACCCGGGGCCGGAGGCGUCACAAAACCGAAAGUGUUAGGACUCCAGGUGGCACUGAGCGGGCAUCAGGCUCAGAUUCUGGAGCCCAGAGACAAAGACGCAGGACCACACAGCUAGAAGAGGGUGAGGUAGGGACCCUGCAGCCUGUGUUUGCUCGCGUGACUCAGCGCUGGAUGGAGUUUAUGGUUCAGAUCGGUUGUGCCUCAGUGUCCAGGAGCUCCACCCACAUGGUGUCCCGAUUCCUCCUUCCGUCUGUCCUCUCUGAGUUCACGACUCUGGUCAUCUCCAUGGCCGGAGAUACCAGCGUCCGUAUCUUUGAGCAGCAUUUGGGUUCAGAGCCAGAGAUCUUCAGUCCUUGCUCCCUUGGUCAGCUGUGCCCAACGCCGCGCCCAGCGAUGGAGCGGCACCUGCUGCUUCUGGGAAGGAACUUCUUGCAAUGGAGGAGACCAACCCAGCAGGCUGCCAAAGCUGUGCAGCGCUUUGAGCCAGGAGGCGACGGGAGCUGUGGGCGAAGCGCUCCCCGGCAGAGGUUCUUGCUGCUGGAGGUCAUGGACAAGAAGCUACAGCUGCUGACCUACAACUGGGCUCCAGACCUGGGAGCGGCCUUGGGCCGGGCACUGGUUCGCCUCGUGCAGUGGCAGAACUCACGUGCCCACCUCAUCUUCUGCCUCCUCAGCCAGAAGCUGGGGCUUUUCCAUCAUUGUGGCCAGUUGGACUUCCCAGUGAGGGACGAAAAGGAGCCAAACCCAUUCCUCCUGCCAACCAUGGAAGCAGAGACCCUCAUCCGGAGUGCAAGCCCCCCGCUGAGCCGCGAACAGGGCCGGCUGAGUGCCUCCUCUCGGGGUGGGGGCUCCCUUCCCCUCGACACAUUCCCCUUCGAUGAGGCCCUGAGGGAUAUCACAGCUGCCCGCCCCAGCUCCUCUCUCGGCCCUGUGCCCAGACCCCCUGAUCCCGUCACCUACCAUGGACAACAGUUCUUGGAGAUCAAGAUGGCCGAGCGCAGAGAGCUGGAGCGCCAGAUGAAGAUGGAGAACCUGUUCGUGACAUGGCAGCAGCGUUCUGCCCCAGCCAGCAUGCCCAUCAGUGCUGCAGAGCUAGAGACCCUGAAGCAGUCGUCCCGCCUGGUGCAUUACUGUGCAACGGCCCUGCUCUUCGACCCAGCUGCCUGGCUGCAUGGGCCCCCCGAUACCUCUGGGCCCCCCGAGGGCCAGCGGCGCCAUCGCCCCGAGUCUGGGGCUGGGAGCCGGGAGGCCCCCACCAGCUGCGAGUCUUUAGAUGCACCCCCGCCAGGGGCCCGGGAGGAGCCGUGGCUGAAGGAGCUGAGCCUGGCCUUCCUGCAGCAGUACGUGCAGUAUUUGCAGAGCAUGGGCUUCGUGCUAGUCCCGUUGCGGCCCCCCUCCCCAGCCCGCAGCACCAGCCGGCUACGGGCCAUGGCCAUCCUUGGAACGGAAGGUCGAGGCUCCUUCUCCUGCCCUAAAACCAAGACUGAUGGGAGCCCCAAGAGCACUGGCUCUCCAGUCACCACCUACCACCUGCAGCGCGCACUGCCUGGGGGCAUCAUCCUCAUGGAGCUGGCUUUUCAGGGCUGUUACUUCUGUGUCAAACAGUUUGCCCUAGAAUGUUCCCGGAUCCCCAUGGGGCAAGCUGUCAACUCUCAGCUGUCCAUGCUGUUCACGGAGGAGUGCGACAAGGUUCGCGACCUGAUGCACGUGCACUCGUUCAGCUAUGAUUUCCACCUGCGCCUCGUGCACCAGCAUGUGCUAGGCGCCCACCUGGUGCUGCGGCACGGCUACCACCUGACCACCUUCCUGCGGCACUUCCUGGCUCACCACCCCGACGGGCCCCACUUUGGCCGAAAUCACAUUUACCAAGGGACACUGGAGCUGUCCACACCACUCAUUGCUGCCCACCAGCUGUACAACUACGUAGCUGACCACGCUAGCUCCUACCACAUGAAGCCCUUGCGGAUGGCCCGGCCAGGAGGCCCAGAGCAUAACGAAUAUGCCCUGGUAUCGGCGUGGAACAGCUCUGGCUCCUACCUGGACUCCGAGGGACUUCGUCACCAGGACGACUUCGAUGUGUCUCUGCUGGUGUGUCAUUGUGCCGCACCCUUUGAAGAGCAAGGAGAAGCCGAGCGGCACGUUCUGCGGCUGCAGUUCUUCGUGGUGCUCACCAGCCAACGAGAGCUCUUCCCCAGACUCACUGCAGACAUGCGCCGGUUCCGGAAGCCGCCCCGACUGCCCCCUGAGCCAGAAGCUCCUGGGAGCUCAGCUGGUAGCCCUGGGGAGGCCUCGGGGCUUGGUCUGGCCCCUGGACCGGCUCCCCUGUUCCCCCCACUGGCUGCAGAGGUGGGGGUGGCGCGGGCACGGCUGGCUCAGCUGGUCCGGCUGGCUGGAGGCCACUGCCGUCGGGACACACUCUGGAAGCGCCUCUUCUUGCUGGAGCCUCCGGGGCCUGACCGGCUACGGCUUGGGGGGCGCCUGGCUCUGGCGGAGCUGGAGGAGCUCCUGGAAGCAGUCCAUGCCAAAUCCAUUGGGGACAUUGACCCCCAGCUGGACUGCUUCCUGUCUAUGACGGUCUCCUGGUACCAGAGCCUGAUCAAAGUUCUCUUAAGCCGUUUUCCUCAGAGCUGUCGUCAUUUCCAGAGCCCAGACUUGGGAACUCAAUACCUGGUUGUGCUGAAUCAGAAGUUCACAGACUGUUUUGUUCUGGUGUUUCUGGAUUCCCACUUGGGAAAGACGUCUCUGACAGUGGUUUUCCGAGAGCCCUUCCCAGUACAGCCCCAGGACAGCGAGAGCCCCCCUGCCCAGCUGGUGUCCACCUACCACCACCUCGAGUCCGUCAUCAACACAGCUUGCUUCACCCUCUGGACCCGCCUCCUCUGAGGACCAGACCACUGAAUGGCACCAUUCCUUGAACCAUGGGGGUCCAGAAGCUUGCCCACUUGAAGCAGGACUGACCAGCCCUUCUGGGUCCAGACUGAAGGGGACACCAGAAGCUUUGUGACUAGAUCUCGGGUCUGCAGCCCCGGCCUCACGGUGAGAGCUGCCCUCCUGAGCACUUGCCACUUUUGACUGGCCAAGCUUCAGAGGGGUAGCCCAACUCCCUGAGGUGCCCAUCUCCUCUCAGUCCCCUGGGCCCUUCCAGGAAGGGACUCCACCUUCCUGCUCACCUGGUGGAGUCCCAGGAAUUCACAGCAGUUGGCAAGCACUCACCCGAGAGCUCCUCUGCCUGAACGCCGCCUCCAAGGCCCCAAUGGCUGGCAGCCACCCCGCCCUGCUUUGAGCCCUCUGGUCUUCAUUUCCCACUUGAACAUCAUUGCUGGACGUUGCCACUGAGAUACGUCACCUUGGUUCCAAUGCCUGCUCUGCCUCUGAAGCCCCUGUGACCACAGGCAAGUCCCUCAGCUCUCAGACCUGUGGUCUGUGGUGUGUAAAUGAAGAGGUGGACUCCGAAACCCCCGUGUGCGCAGGAGACUGGAGCACUUGAGCGUGAGCCGAACGUCCCUUCUCUUCCCUUCUCACCAGGCGGGAAGCAGCCCCGGGAGAGCGAGGGGUUAGACACUGUGUGUCCUCCCACUGCCCAAUAACACACACAUGGGACAAUGUU